AAACAAACUGGAAAACACACACAGUGCCCCCACAGUGAAGUUACUCGUAUUAGGAGUUUCCUGUCUCAGGUAAAAUGAGCUCACCUUUGUCGAUGCUGAAGAAAACGAGGCGCGCGCCACUACAGGGUCCUGUGAGUGAUCAAGGGGGCAGACCUAAAGUGCCUUUCAGGAGGAAUCUGCUAAAAGAGGUUCAGUCAUCCUUGGCUGAUGAUGAUAAAUCCUCUGAUCUAAAUCCUCCCCCGACCUCUCACACUCCAGCAGAUGAUGCCUCCACUUCAAAGUCAAAAGCACCAUUAAAGAAAGGUGCUGCACCGAGCGACUUUGAGCUGAUGUCUGCUGCGCUGCAGCGUGUGUGCCUGCUGGAGAAAAAAGUGAGAAGCCAAGCAGAGGAGAUCAAGAGCAAGGAUAAAAGGAUUUCUGUGUUGGAGAAAAAACAGAAGCUUCUGAAACAAUUGGAGAGCACGCAUGAUCAGAGCAGCACAGACGAUCUCAAAAGAAGGUGCCAGCAGCUGCAGAAUCAAGUGUGUGAGAUGGAGAGCUUCUUAAAUGACUAUGGUUUGAUCUGGGUGGGAGAUGGGGAAGGCAGUGACUCAGCUGAAAGUGAGCAGCCAGAGAGAGGCGUCUGGCAGCCAGACACCUCCGUGGUCAGAAACUUCCACAUGAACUUUGACCUCGUGCUGCAGAGGAUCAAGGAGCUGAACAUCCUGGCAGGGGAUGGAGAGAGCUUUGUACAGUCGACGGCCACGGGGGCACAGCUGGCAAAGAAGGAUCCUAUUCAGCUGAGCCUCUACAGCAACGGCAUUGUCAUGUUUGACGGGCCUUUCCGCUCUUAUCAGGAGCACAGCACCCAGCGAUGCAUGCAAGAUCUGAUGGACGGGUAUUUUCCAUCUGAGCUUCAAGAAAGGUUUCCAGAUGGUGUGCCUUUUGAGGUUCAUGACAGGCGAGAUGAGGAUUUUAUCUCCAGGCUGCCGUGGAGUAAGUUUCCUGGCGAGGGUCAGGCUGUUCGUGGGAAGAAAGAUGAACCAUCGAACGCCAGCAGUUCUCAGUUACCAGGCAAGAAGUUGAGCAUGCAUCAGUUCCUGAACAAGUUGCCAAAGGUGGUCGUGAAGGCUGGUCGUGUUAUUGAUAUCAGGGGCUCAGUGAAGGCCGCCCUGCAGGGUUCAUCUGAUGCCCAGAGCAGCAACUCAGUGAUCCUUGUAGACACGCCAGCACUGCAAGCAAUCAAAGAAAGACUGCAGACGUCCAGCCCUGACCGGCCUUCAUCCGCCCGUGAUGUCAUCACACUCAAGGUGAAGUCAGAAGAUGGGAAUCAUACUUACAUGCUGAAAAUGUGCUUCUCAGAAACAAUCGGCCACCUGCGGCAGCAUCUGGACAAACACAGAGGGAGUGGUCUCCCUGAUUAUGACAUCAUCAGUGCGUACCCACAGUGCUGCUACGACGAUGACCACCAGACGCUCCAAUCGUGCGGUCUGAUGUCUAAUGCUACUCUGCUGCUGCGAAAGAAGCAACGCUCUUAUUCAUUGACUGAAGGGAAUAAAAUAAACCUAUAGGUUACAUCUCAGCCGUCUGCACAGCACAGGUGUUUGUAUUAACAUUAACUAUGUGCUCUAUUCAAGUGUCCCAUUAAAGCUACAGUUGGUAACUUACAUGAAUUAACUGUCCUAUUUGCUGAAACUGUCACUAUAUUCUGAAAGUACGAGACAGUCUGUUUAAAACAAUCAAGUCCGUCUUACUCUUCCUACUGCCUCUCAUGGCAUUUAUUUAAAAAUAACCAACCAGAGCUGAGAUGUCUCCAACAUCAAUUAUGUCAUCACUUUUUGUGAACCACAGUCGCAUUCAGCAGCACUGAUCAAUCAACAUUCUGUUACUGCAUCGCCUAUUUCUCACCUCAAAUGUUUCCAGAAACAUCUUUUAGUGUACUGUUUAGCUGUAAAAUGAGAAUGUUUGUGUCUCAUUUAGGGCUGUGUGAGUAUAGUGACAGUCACCAACAAGUCACCAACUGCAGCUUCAAGUCAUGACAGUGUGACAGUGAAGCAGCAUGCACAAUUACCAGGACUCUGACCCCUGCCUGGGAUCAUUUUUAUGUUGCGUAACAUGAGGACAGGGACUGCUGUGAUUCUAAAAACUAGGUUGUUGAUCCACUGAGACUGAAUCGAUGUAACCACUGGUGGAAACAUGACAUUUUAUAACAGUCGAUUGAGCAAUCAGGUCAGUACCCGAUCUGCUUAAUAAGAUUCACAGCUGAUACCGAUCUGGCAUAACACAAGUUUUAGAAAGCUGGUACUUGUGGCUUUCUCCACAGAAGGGAUGAAAAUACUGUAGUUAAAUUUAUACUAUGCAAGAAUUGUGGGCAAUAUUGACAGCGAAAGUGACCGUCAACCCCAGCUUUGUCCACUUGUUGUUUUGCCUCACUAUGUUUGUGGUUUUUCAGCGCUGUGUGCAUGACUCAACUCUGCGCUGUCACCAAGAACGUCCGAACUCAAUGAAAUAAUAACAAAGUACAGGCAAGAGGGUGGAGUCUCUGCAAAUAA